AUGUUAACAAGAGCAAGGUCGACAACUUUGCCCCUUGUUGCCAAAACAAACCCCAUCUUGAAAGAGCAAUCAAGUAUGGAUACGGAUAACUUACCUAGUACUGAAGAGACUCAAUCUUCAGUAGAUGAUCAAGUAUCAAAGAAUCCUGAAGAAACGGGAACUGAAGAAAGCAUCAAGGAAUCUCAAGAUGACAAGCGUGCUGAUGCAGACAAUUCCGUUGACAACCAGAUUAAGAUCCAAUCUGAUAAUAAUAUGCAAGGAGAAACUAAUAAUAUUUUACCCGCUGAAACACCUAAUUCUGAAAAUGCUGAAUCGUCCAUUGUAGAUUUACAGCCUCAUUCUGAAACUAGAACAAGCAUCGACUCAAGCGGAUCGGUUAAUAAGACAGAAUACUCUGUUUCUAAAUCAGUAUUAAACGACAGAAAUCAAACUCCUGGGGUGGCUGAAAGCUUGCAAGAUAAUACUGAAACGAAUCCAGUUUCUCCUGCAAUAGACAAUACAGAAAUACCUAAGGAUGAAGUACAUGAGAAGUCAGUAGCUGAUGUAAUGGACAUUGAUAUACAUGAGUAUACGCCUGACAAGCAAGAUGAGGUUGUGCCAUUAAGCACAGAGGUUGUUGACAAUGCACCUGCUCUCAACGCUCGAUCAAGAGUUACCAUUUCUGAGGAGCAAGAGAAGUCAUCUAGCUUGCCAGAUGUCAUUGCAGUAUCAUCCAAUGGUGAAAAGCCAACAAAUUUUCUCUUGAAUGAAGACGACCUAUGUUCUGUUGCUGCUUUUUUUUCGUUACCAAUCGAUGUUUUAUCAUCAAAUCGAGAGCUUUUCACAUCAUUAAUGAUUAAAAUGCAUGAAUUUGAAAAUAUAAAAUCCGAAAGUCAAUAUUAUGAAGUUAAUUAUCAACAGUUACAACACUCUUACAAAAAAAAGCUGGAAUCCGCAAAAAAGGAGUUAAUGUCCGCUAAGGAAGAGAUGCUAAAACUUGUUACAAAAAAUGCAAACAUGGUUGAUGAAAAAUCCAGGCUUGAAGACAGGAUAAAGAACAUUUCAAAUUCGAAUGCUCAUAAUUUGAAAUACAUUGACGAAUUAAAGGCCAAGCUUUCUGAACUUGAGAAUUCUAGCCACAACACAUUUGUACUUCUUGAGAGCAAACAAGCCCAACUAAACAACAUGUCAUCGGAAAUAAAAGUUCUUAUUGAAGAAAAUAAAAAUAACAAACAAAAAGUUGUUGAAGUAGAAAAUUCAAAGGAAGAGUUGAGUAAUCAAAUUAUACAGUAUAAAUAUGACUUAAACAAGAUAAAGAGGGAAUCACAGUUAGCAAACGAAUCAAGAUCGUGGUUUGAAACCGAAUUAAAUAAAAAGAUAAGUGAGCUGGAUGCAAUCAGAACACAAUCAAACGUGCAGAUAUCUUCUUUGAAGUCUAAAUUAAUGGUUACAGAGCAAAACCUAGAAGUAUCGCAGGCUUCAUAUAAGAACUCGUUCAAGGAGGUUAAAAGAUUAACUUCAAGAUGUGAAGAUUACGCCACUGAAAUAAAGCAAUUGAAAGACAAGCUAAGUUCUCAAGAAUCUCAGUUUAUGGAAAAUAUCGUCAAGAAAGAUGAACAUAUUCAAGUCUUAGAGAAGGCUGUCAAGGACAAAUCCAAUAGAAUUGAAUCUAUGGAUAAAUUGUAUAAGGAAACAAAAGAAAAGGUGGAGCAAGAUGAAAACGGAUAUCGCCAGAAAGUCGAUGACCUUGAAAAACGUCUUCUUGAAAAGGAUCUAAGAAUUAAAGAGUUACAAGAAUCAGUAGCAAAUAUAACCGAUGAUAACCUCAUCGGUAGCGAAAGUGUACAUGUCUCGACAUUGACUCAAAAAUCCUUGGAAAGCAUGGGUUCACAACUUUCUUUGACAGACCUACUCUCGGAAAUGAAUGACCUAAAAAAAGAAGUUGUUAAGGAAAAACGUCUCAAAACUAAAGCAGAGCAGGAGUUGUCCAAUGUUUUGAAGGAGCUUGAAAGGAAGUGGCCGAUUAUGCAGUCAUAUAAGGAUAGUUUUGAUAGUUUCUCUUUGAAAGAACAAAAGCUGAAUGCAGUCAUAGCAAACCUUACCAAUGAAAAAUCUAAUCUAUCCAAGAGUCUUGAUAUAUUGAGAAAAAAGAUUGCGGAAUCGCAUUUACAAAUCAACAAUCUUACUAAGUACAAAAUUGACCUACAAAGACAACUGGUAAUUCUGUUGAGUGAAAUGCAAUUCAAAGAAUCUGGAGAUAGGCCGCUAACUUUAGAAGAGAAACAAUAUAUUAACAAAAUCGUAGGCAAUUAUGGCGAAAUUAGUAAUAUGGACUCAUCCGACACUGAUAGACUGAUUACCGCCAGAUUGUCAACUUUCAGAAAUGCAGCUGAUUUAAUCAAACAAAAUGAAAAGCUUCUCACAGUCUCACGAAAAUUAGGAGAGGAACUGGAAUCUAAAGAUAAAGAAGGUACCAACAUGCUUGAAGAAGCCGAAUCUGGUACUAUCAAGAAAGCCAAGGAUGCAAUUUCAAAAUUACAAGAUAAGGUGAAGUCUUUAGAAGCACAGCUAGAAGCUGCAAAUAAUGCCAAAAAUAUUCUGCAAAACUUGUUUGAUACGGGUGUUGCAAAAAUCGGCGACCAAAAAGACGUCGAAACCCAGUCCGAAAGAAACGAAAAGCUCAUCGAGGAACUUCAAACCAAAAAGAAGGAGCUUGCCACAAUCAGGGAAAAGUAUGACAAUAAAAUUUUUGAGUUAAAUACCAAGGUGCAGAGUGUUACGUCAGAAAAAUCCAAAGUUGAGCUUCAGUUGGCUAAAUCUGUUUCCUCCAAUGAGCUUCACUCCGAAAAAAUCAAAAGUCUGAAUUCUUCCAUUGAAUUUUCUAAGCAAGAGAAUAAUCAACUGAAGUCGAUGCUUGAGAAAGCUCAAGCAAGCUUGUCUAAGCUUGAAUCCUCAUUGCAAUCAACCUCUGACGAACUUGUGAAAGCAAAAUCUUCAAUCGUUGAAUCUCAAAUUAGAGUUAAAACAUUAUCUGCUGAAAGAGACGCUUGGAAAUCUGUUGAGGACCAAUUGAGACAAGAUAUCAACAAAUUAUACAACGAAAAGUCUGAAUCAAAUAAAAUCAUUGUACAAUUACAGACCCUAGAUGGUGAGAGACAGGCGCAUUUCAAGGAAACGCUUCAAAGGUACAAUAAUAGCUGUUCUGCUUUACAAUCUGAGGUUGAUUCUCUAAGGGAAAAGCUGGAAAAAAGUAGCGCUGAAGUAAGUAAUAUCUUGCAUGCUAAAAACGUUGAUGCAAAGGUCUAUCAAAAGAGAAUCGAUUUAUUGAAUGAAGAAAUGGGCGCCUUGAGGGCAAACAUUGUUUCCAAAGAUAAGGUGAUAGAGGGGUUAAGGGAAGAAGUUGAGUGCUUAAGAAAGAGACAUGCUGCUAUUGAUGAAAGAAAGCAAAAUGUUCUGACAGCUAUGGCUGGUUCGAGCGAUGCAACGGAUGACGUUAUUGUUUUGAGAGAAGAAUUGAAGAACGCUCUAGAUGAUCUGGAAGAAAUGACUAAAGAGUCUCGUCAGUAUAAAGAAUUAUCAACUGCAACAGAACAACAGUUGACCUCUUUGAAUGACACAUACCUACAAUUCAAGAAAGUUUCUCAGGAGAGAAUUGAUUCUUUAAGUUCUGAAAUUGAAAGCCUUUCCAUUAAGUUGAAAGAAUACCAAAAUGAAAGAGACGGUCUGAAGAUGGAGCUUGAAGAGUUGAAGCGUUCCUCUGAGAUUACAGCACAAGAAAGCGCCUCCAAGAUAAAAGAGCUAAAUAACUCGAUUGCAACUUUUGCUUCGAUCAAGGAGGACUAUGAGGAAAAAUUGAGACUUGUGAAAUCUGAAGUUGAAACAAAGGACCAGAGCAUUGUUGGUUUGAAUGACUUGUUGAAAGAUAAGGAAACCCAAUUAACUACCUAUGAGAAUAUUAACAAUAUUCUUAAAAAUGAGAAUGAUGAACUUAAAGUUAGAAUCCAAAGUUUUGAAGCCAACAUUGUUGAAUCUAAAACUCUACAUGAAAACGAGUUGAAAAGAUUGCAAGAGUCUAUUGCAAACUUUGAACAGGAAUUAAGGAACGACAAAAUCACAAUUUCAAGCCUUGAAACACAAAAUAGAACCCUACUAAAUCAAUUGGAGGAAUCGCCUAUCUCGUUCGGUGAGUCUGACGAUAUGAAAAACUUAAUCACGUAUUUAAACAGAGAGAAAGAUUCUUUAAGCCAACAGUUGAAAUAUGUGAAAGACGAAGAGUCCAUUCUAAGACAAAACUUGAAUAUGAAAGAGAAAGAGGUUAAUGACCUAAAGUCAGAGCUAAUUGUUGUGAAAGAAAAAUCUUCCACUAUUGAUAAAUAUACCAAUGCUCUGUCUAAAAUGGAAAAAGAGGUUGAUGAACUGAAGGUUUACAAGGAUAAUAAUAAAGAACUAAGAGACCAAGUUAAAUUAUAUGAAUCACGAAUUGAUGAACUUGAGGCACAAGUAUCUAAGGCCAAUGACCAAGUUAUCCCAUUACAAACUCAAAUAGAUCAAUUAGUUUCUCAAAUUAAAGAAAAGGAUCAACAAUUAGAUGAACUAAAGACCCAAGCAGAUACUUUUACCUCACAAGAUGCACAAUUGGAAGCUAAACAAAAAGAGAUUAAUGAGUUAAAAGCAAAGUUUAGUGAGCGGACUCAACUUGUUGAAAGACUAAGGAAUGAAUUUAAUGAGAAAUUGAAAAAGAUGCGUGGUGAGAGACAAUUAGCACAAGAUGAAGCUAAGGAGCUUACCACUAAGUUGGAGACUUUGAACCAACAAUUGGCUAAUUCCUCCUCGGAGGCUGAAAAUAAGUUUGGAGAAGAAGUAGAAAGACUGAAGUCUCAAGUUAGGGUGUUGAAGGAGGAGAUCCAUCAGAAGAACAUUGAAAAAGAGACUGUCUCUAAAUCAGGAGCUGAGAAACUAGCCAAGUUGAAUGAGCAGUUAGUUGCAUUGAAGAAGGAGCUUGAAGAUACCAAAUCAUCUGUUGAAAAACCGAAAGACUUAGCAAACCUUGAAGCUAAAUAUAUGAAAGAAAAGGAGGAUGCCUUGAAAAAACUAGAAGCUGAGUAUAAGUCUAAGCAGCCAGGGAUUUCACCACAAGAAAUUGAAGGAUUCAAGAAGAAGCUUAAAGCUGAGAAUGAUGCUAAACUUGCGCAAGAAAUCGAGGCUCACAAGAACCGUAUUAGAGCACCUACACAAGCAAAGAUCAACGAAAUUGUGGAGAGACGGGUUAAGGCAAAGACUGAAGAACUCGAGAAGCUUUACAAUGGGAAACUUAAAGAGCUUGAGUCUAAAUCUUCUACUGAGUCUGUUGAUUUCAGUAAGGAGAAGGAAGAACUUCUAAAGCAGUUUGAAACAGAGAAGGAAGAGUUGAAGAAAACCAUCAGGGCUGCAGUUGAGAAGGAGAAGGGCUUCAAAGAGAAAUUUUUGCAAGGAAAGAUCACUCGUCUGGAGGAGCAAAUCAAGAAGCUCGAAAAGGGGGCUUCUACUUCGACUAUGAGCUCAAAUACCGUUUCUAAUUUUACACCAAAUGCCAACACAAAUAUGCAGACUCUACCAUCUAACAUGAAUAUGAUGCCCAUGCCCAUGAAUAUGAAUAUGAUGCCCAAUUUCAAUGGACAAAUGGGUGCAUUCAAUCCAUUUAAAGGUGUUGUUAAUGCGGCAACUUUUGUGCCUGGCAAUAACAAGACACUUCCAACCAAGCCGGGAUCCAAGAGAAACUUGGAGACACCGGAAGAGUCCGACAAGAGAACAAAAACAGAAUGA